AUGGGUAAAAGCGAAGACUUUUCUGUUGGAAAUGAAGUGAGUGAAAAUGUUAAGAAGGAAAAAGAAAUUGAUUCAUAUGGGGCAGAGGUUGAAUUGUCUGAAACUGCUACGAAGUGUAAAGCUUCGAAUGAUGGUGGCCUAAAGAACAAUAAAUCGGCCAAGAAUCAAUCCAAUUCAGCAGGCUCGAAUGUGCUCGUGCGUAAGGCAAAGCCAAGCUCGACUCAAAGUGUUUCAUUCCCAGCCAAAGGCCGUCACUCUGAUGUUAUGAGAAAGAGCAUUGAUGUGUACCCAGUUAAGCAGGAUGCCCAUAAAAAUUUUGCAAAAGUUGACUCCCAAGUUUCUAAUGGUACAGUCACUUCAGGUUCACGUUCCAAUCUAGCCACUAAAGGUGUGACAAAUGGAGGCAAGGCAGCCAACCGACGAACGACUAUAGCAUCUAUGCCAAGCCUUCGUCAAUCUCUGUCUGUGAAAAAUCAUUUUGCAAAUGGAACCGUAAUAAAUACUGCAUCUGACGUAUUGGUUGAACCGAAUUCAAAAUCUGCCAACACUAAAUUGCUUGUUAAGGAUGAAGAUGAUGCUCGUUCUACUACAUCAAAUGCAAUUCGUCCGACGCAGCUUAUGGUUAAUGCAACAGCAUUCUCCUUCAGGUUAGAGGAACGUGCUGAAAAGAGGAAAGAGUUUUUUUCAAAGAUAGAGGAGAAAAUACAUGCAAAGGAAGUGGAAAAGACUAACUUGCAAGAAAAAUCGAAGGAAAACCAAGAGGCAGAAAUAAAGCAGCUUAGGAAGACCUUGACAUUUAAAGCUACUCCCAUGCCAAGUUUCUAUAAAUCACCCCCUCCAAAAGUUGAACUGAAGAAGAUACCGACUACACGUCCAAUAUCUCCUAAGCUUGGAAGGAACAAAGGCAUUGCCUCCACAGUUAGCAACACCCUCGAAAAUGGACGUCUUAGCCCACGAGUCACCAAUGGCAACUCACCAAAGUCGACUCCCAAGGCAAAUGGUGUCAAGGGUAAUGCUGCUGUCAAGAAGUCCGUCAAAAACUCCCAACUCAAGUCACAUUCUCGAGAAAAGCCAAGCAAAGUGAAAGCAAAAAAUGCAGAAUCCGAGGCUCAAGACGAGAAAACUUGUGCACAGAACUUGGAAAAAAUCCCGAGUCAACCUGUUUGUCACCCUGAACUUGAAGACGCGAUAGAAAAGAGUCCCGAAAUGAAUUCUUCUAACAAUGGAUCAUCUCUGGCUUCAUCAAUGCCAGAGACUUUGGCUGCUGAAGUCACCGUUGAAGGUUAG